AGUCUCAGUGCUUGAAAACAGAAACCUUAAUUCGAAGAAUCAUUUUGUAAAUCGACACUCGUAAACACGUUACAUACAAUACAGGCUUCAAUUUCACCACCUCUUUUCAUUAUUCCAUACCUUACCGUGAAAGAGAUGUUUGCACAUACUUAUUCGACAUCAGGAGUUACAACACCUUCAACAGUAUACAUACUUAAGUACCUGUUGUAAUGAAUCGUUAUUGCAGGUUCGGACAUUACUCUCACUGUUAGCACUCGUGCCAACGACUAUUUUAUCAUGUCGCACAACGAUAUUGAACGCAAUAAACGCGUUGCGAACAUAUGGACUGCGCGUUUUAUGCCCUUCGCACUUGCGGGUGUGGUUGGCUAUGUAACAUAUGUCAUAGUGGCCAUUCUUUGUGUAAAUUACCUUUCAAUCGAACAGAAAAGUAAGGGCGCCGCAGUGCCCAUCCUUAUAAUAUAUUUUCUGUUGUUCGUCCUCAUGGCCUCGUCUUUUUUCCGAGUUGUGUAUAUGACGACCUUCGAUCCUCCUUAUGCGCCACUUGGAGCUGGAGCUGCUGCGAUUCAGCGUAGAAACAAACGAACAAACGAUGAUAUUGGCGGGGGAGAAUACACUUCAGGGGAUUUUGAUGGAUCCAAGAAUGAUCCAGACUCUCCUGGACUCGAAUUAUUUUACACAAAAGACGUCUUCGGUGUGGAAAAGGAUGGCAAGCCUAAAUGGUGUUCCGAGUGUUGCAUAUGGAAACUGGAUCGCCAGCACCACUGUAGUGUUGUAGGAAGAUGUAUAUACAAGAUGGAUCAUUAUUGCCCAUGGGUAGGAGGGCCUAUCGGCGAGAACAACUUCAAGUUUUUUAUUCAAUUUGUUGGGUACACCUCCUUAUUUUGUACACAUGUCCUUGUAGUUAUGGCAGUAUACGUUCAUCGACAGCGGAGCACCCAGGGAGUGUCUGUAAACCGCCAGUUCAUUGCCGUUCUUGCACUAGCUGCAUUUUUUGGCCUGUUCACUGGGACGAUGUUCCUGACAUCCGUGAGACUCGCAAUCAAUAAUUUGACACAAGUCGAAGACAUUUCUAGGUUUGGAAAGAUCCAUCGACUAGCAAUACUAAAGCCAUCCCCACAGAGGUUGGCGGAAAUAAGUGUAACAGCCGCUUCGACGCAAACUUAUUCCGAGAUAACGUAUCCGCUAGACAUUCCGGCACCUUUGGACGGCAUCCGGGUAAAUCGCCCGUAUGUGAAAACUAUCAGGCACGAUCGCUUGUCCGAGCCAAUUUCAGUCAAUGACGCAAGGCGAAUGGCUGGUGUCACAGGAUUGCCUGCCAAUGCAACAAUCGAGCAAGCUAACGGGAGCGUCCAACCUGGAAAUCUGCUCUCGGAAUCAACAGAAGCCGGCAUCGCUGAUGAUUCGUCAACCGCUCUCUCGUCGUCUGAAAAUAUUGAAGCACCAGCAAUUGGUAGGCUCCAGAAACCGACAGAAAAUACUGAGCGGUUGGAUAGAGACCAAAGGGCUGUGCGUACCUUUGCAAUACUCGAAACACUAACCCCCGGCGACAAUCCCUGGGAUCUUGGAUCCGCUCUUUUAAAUUGGGAGACUGUCAUGGGAGAACAUUUCUUUGACUGGUUUCUGCCCAUGAAGAGAAGCCCUUGUUGCAACCACGAGAAUACAGAGAGUCACUUCUCGAUUGGCCCAUCUGUAGAUCGCAUUCGAGCCUCAGUUUGCUUCAUUCCACCUAAUGAGGUACGUCCUGAAGGACAUCGUCAACGGAUCAGGCCAAAUCGCCACAAGAAAGACAAAGCGAGUAAAUCGGGGCGACAUUUUAGCCCAAAUGAUGAAGAAAUGGGUCGAAAAACGGAUGAGACAGAACUGCGAGAUCUCCGCGCUCGUAACUCACGCCAUAGAUGAUAUGUGUUCACUACCUUUUAAAUAAAUUCACAAACUAAUGGAAGUCGUUCUGGCUUGGAGCGGAGUUUGCUACAAAAACGAGCACUCACAUCAUAUGAAAUUGGCGUCAGGAGUAUCACGAUGCCAGUAUAUAGAAGCACUAAAUGUAAUAAUUAAUCUAAUUCGACUUUAGAAAGGCAUUGGAAUAGAAAGUAAUAC